CCCUUUUCAGUUACGAGUAUAAAUCACCUCCCCUACCCUUCUUCACUACGUUCCAGUGUCUCUCCUCUUCCUUUCUUUGUAUAUAAUCUGUAUCAGUAAACAGAUUCAAAUCAAAAUACCAAAAAAAAACAUAGAAAUUCAGCUUACCUCAAAUUUCCAGAUUCAAAUCCCCAAAAAAUGUUUAGAAAUGGUGCUGAUAAGACUAACAGUACUCAGAUGAACCGCAAGGAAGUGGAUCGGAUAAAAGGCCCAUGGAGUGCAGAGGAAGAUGAGGCCUUAACAAUUCUGGUCCAAAAGCACGGCCCAAGAAACUGGUCUCUUAUAAGCAAAUCAAUUCCGGGCCGAUCCGGUAAAUCUUGCCGGUUACGGUGGUGCAACCAGCUUUCACCGCAGGUUGAACACCGGGCUUUUACUUCUGAGGAAGAUGAUACCAUUAUCCAGGCCCACGCUAAGUUUGGGAAUAAAUGGGCCACCAUUGCAAGGUUGCUUAGUGGCCGAACCGAUAAUGCUAUUAAGAAUCACUGGAAUUCUACCUUGAAGCGGAAAUGUUCCGCUAUGGUUUGUCCUGCUCCCGAAGAUUUCUCUGGAGAUUUUCCUCAUCCGCCGCCAUUAAAACGUGCUAUGAGCGAUGGCGCUGAUGUAGUUUUGAAAAAUGUUUCUGGUUUAAGUUUGAAUAAUAAUAAUAAUAAUAAUAACAAUCCAGGUAGUCCAGGUUCUUCCGAUGCAAGCGAUUCUGGUUCAUAUAUUUUCCGGCCGGUUGCCACUCCCGGAUCGGUUAAUAUUGGAUCGGCACCGGUUUUUCCACCGAUGACGGAUCUAAGUUUAUCGCUACCAGGAUCGGAUUCUUGUGAAGUUGCAAAUUCGGAUCCUGAACCUAAUACGACGAUGGUUGGAUCAGAGAUUCAGGCUUCUCAGUUUAGUCAAGAGUUUUUGGCAGUGAUGCAGGAUAUGAUUCGGAAAGAGGUGAGAACAUAUAUGCAAGGAUUAGAGAUGACUAAUAAUGGAAUUGGAGCAUUCAACAAUGGCGGAUUUUGUUCGCAAGCUGCGGAUGGAGUUAUGAGAGCUACAAUGAGUAGGAUUGGAAUCGGAAAGAUAGAGUAAUAAAAAGAUAAAUUCAACAAAAUUUUGAAUUUUGAAGACGACGAUCUUUCUGGAUAUCUGUUCUUAGAUGAUGAUGAUGAUGAUGAUGAUUCUGAUGUAGAAAAUAAAUUCGAUUAUGGUGUACAGAGGGGAUGAUGAAUGAUUAUCAUGAUGAAAAAAAGAAAGAUCGAGAACAAAACUUGAGUUUUGGCUCAAAAAGUUUCAAAAACAAAACUAAAACCAUGUUAAAAAAAAAUGAAAAUCAAAAUAAAAUUUACAUUUUCAUGUUUAUUAUUUUGUUAAAUUAAUUAUAAUUUUAUGUUUAGGUUUAAAUUUGAUUAAAUAAAAAUAAAAAUGUAACAAAAAUGGGUCUAUAAAUGUUGAAGAGAUUAGUGGAAAAAUGAAAUUAGAUUCGUAGGUAAUUGAUUAGAAUAAUUAUUAUGAAUAUAGAAAUCAAAGGGCAAUCAAUGAUUUUGGAUUUUUUGUUAGUUUUUACCGACUUAAAGUAAUUGAUGGUUGUUUUCCAGCUGGUUACAUUCAAUCCCAAUUUUUACAUCACUUUUUUUUUUUUUAAAUAGUCUGUUUUACUAAUUUUAAUUUUUUUAUUUCGAUUUCACACUUAUACUUCAAUCUCAUUCACAAUAAAGCAUAAAUAAUACUCCCUCCUAUUCAGGAGAAGUGUCCCAUUUGACUUUUCAUGAAUUUUAAGAAAAGUCAAAAUGGGACCCUAAGGGAGGAGAGAGAGUAGUAUUAUGGGUUUUUAAUUGUAAAGAUUAAGGAAUUAAUGAUUCCCACCAAUUUAGCCCAAUUUAAAAGUUGAUUUU